AUGUUCGCUUUAGUUGAUGCUUCAUAUAAAUUAAUAUUUGUCGAUGUAGGGUGUCAAGGGAGAAUUUCCGAUGGAGGUGUAUUUAAUGAUUCCAUUCUCAAGCAAAAAAUUUCAAACAACUCAUUAAAUCUUCCAUCUCCGAGACUAUUAGAAGGAACGAAUAACAUUAUACCAUACUAUUUUGUAGCAGACAGUGCAUUCCCGUUAGGUAUCCAUAUUAUGAAGCCAUAUCCAGGUGUACAUCCUAAACGAUCAUUAAAAAAAAUUUUUAAUUAUCGAUUAUCAAGAGCUCGACGAGUGGAUGAAAAUGCUUUUGGCAUUUUAGCUAGUGUUUUUAGAGUACUACGAAAGCCAAUGCUACUCCAACCUGAAACGGCACAACUGAUUGUGAUGACAAUACGUCAUCUUCACAACUUUUUAAUAAAAAGUACAAAUUCUGCUAAAAUUUAUGCACCACCAGGUAGUAUUGAUAGUGAAGGGUCAAUUACAACGGGAAGAUGGCGUCUCGAAAAUAACGAUAUAACUUCAUUAUUGCCUAUCACGAAUACUCCACGCAGACCUUCUUUGUCGGCCCAGAUAAUAAGGGAUAAAAUUGCUGAAUAUUUCUGUACAGUCGGAAAAUUAUCAUGGCAAGAUCAUAUGAAUUAG